AUGCUCCAGAUUAUAAAUGCCAAUACCUGCGAACCGGAGCCGGAUGUCUUCAUGGAUAUCUGGCAUUGCAAUGCCACCGGUGUCUACUCCGGCGUUUCGGCCGGCAACGGGAAUGGCGACGAUGACUCCAGCCUCGAUGGAACCUUCCUUCGCGGUAUCCAAAAGUCCGACGAGAACGGUGCUGUCCGCUUCCAGUCCAUUUUCCCUGGACACUACACUGGCCGCGCCACCCACAUCCAUGUUCUGGCUCACAACGCAAACAACACCACCGAGCUCACCAACGGGACGAUCUCCGGGCUGCUGAGCACUCAUCCCUCGCAUAUUGGCCGACUCUUCUUCGACCAAGACCUGAUCUCCCAGGUUGAGAGUCUCUCCCUGUACACCACUAAUACACAGAAGCUCACCACCAAUGCGAACGACGACAUCCUCGCAGGCGAGGUAGCCGACAUUGAUCCAUUCAUGGAGUAUGUCCUGCUGGGUGAAGACGUCUCGGACGGCAUUUUCGCCUGGAUUUCGGUGGCUAUCGAUCCCACGGCUGACCGAGAGCUCAGUCCCGCAGCCUACUACACCUCCGACGAUGGCUUCGAGAACGAGAACAGUGCCAUGGGCGGAGGCCCCAGUGGUUCUGCUCCCGGUGGUGCAGCUCCGUACGGUACCUGUGCCCCUAUGAGGAUGUAA